AUGUCAUCAGAGGCUCAAUUCGAGCCCGAAGGGCAUAACACGGACGAACAAAAUGUGAUCGAGCAAGAGAGGGUCGACGAGGAGAGGGAGACGUCGUUUCUAUUCCAGAAAGAAGCACGCGAUGCAGAACUCGACGCACCUGCGGCAGCAGCAGCAGAAGAGCAAAAUAUCGGCACUGACGACGCACGAGUACAGCCUCUAAUUAAGGAACCAGCAACGCAGAACGAUGGGGAAGAAGAAGAGGCAGAAGCAGCGGCCGUGGAGGAAGCUACGGCGACAGAAGCGGAAGCAGAAGCUGUCUCGCCGAGCAAGCCAGCGCGCAGCUCCAGAAAGAGCCGGGCAUCUGGAUCCGAUCCAAAUGCUGCAGAAGUAGAAGCGGAACCGUCGAGAAAAAAGGCGCGUAAGUCGGUCGCAACCACGUCAACGACCGUGCCCGCCUCGGCUCCGGAAGCAGACGCGAACGUUAGGAUCGACCGACUGAGACAAGCGCUCUUCCGCUUCCUCGACCUCAUCGAGCAUCGCGCUACCGCCUCGAGCUUCGCCAAAGCACUCCCGCACAUUGACGCCGAAUCGGUCGAAGCGCUGCGCCAGCAGUUCGUCAGCCAGCUCAAAGAAGCGAUCAUCGAUGAAUCCGAGAAGCUAAUCGAAUCCAACGACCUGGAAGCUAAGCUUGCUUCGUUGCAUCGACUCGCGCAAGAAGCAGAUGCGCGAUAUCAAGCAGGAUAUCAGGAAGGUGCCGAAGAGAUCAAAGACAUUUGGCGCAAGGAGAUGGAUCUGGAAACAGCUAUCUCGGCGCGCGCGAUUCCGGAUCAGGAGAGGAGGGUGGAUCAACUCAAGGCAGAGUUGGAGCAGGUGCGCAAGCAGAACCAGGCCAUUCACGCGGCGUUGCUCGACACGCGUGCAAGAAGCGACGCCAUCCAGAGCGACGCUAGAGACUCGCUCGACGCUCUCGAAUCAGCGAUCAAGGGACUCGAGGCUACCCCAGACAUGCAAAAACAACUGCGGCAAACCAUGGACGACCUUCUCCAAGAUCUAGGCGCUCGGGUCUGA